GUUUGCUUCACGGUGCCGGCUUGGUCGGCUGGAUCCGCCGAGCCUUCUGCGGCCUCGCGAAGAACCGGACACGGCAGCCGGCCCUGUCCAUCGCUAGCGCCGCGGGGCAGCCUUUCCAGCGCCGCGCGCCGCGUUCCGCAGCAUGGCCGAACUCCCCGCCGACGUGACAGUGAAGGCCGAGGAGGCGCCGCCGGCCGCGCCGGCCAGCUACGACGGCCCCGGUCCGUUAAAUGAACCCCCAGAGACCGUGGCGCAGGCCGCGCCGCCGCCGCCGCCGCCCGCGGACGAGCAAACGCCCCAGGUGGCGCAGCAAACACCCGUAGAGAUGACGCCCGAGCAGGCCGCCGCGGCCUACGCCGCCCAGCCCGACGUCCAGGCCGCCUACGCCGCGGCGGCCGCGGCCUACGCGGCCCAGCCGCCGCAGCAUUAUCCCCAACAGCAGGAAGUCAAUCGUAGACUUGGCCAAUGGACGCGCGAGGAGGAGGCCUACGCCGAGAAGGUCGCGGAGUUGUUUAAGACGGGCCGGGUGCCGAACUGCCCGGAAGGGACGACGAUGCGAGCUUUGCUCGCGGAGCUGCUGAACUGCGCGCCGAUGCGGGUCUCGAAAAAAUUCAGUGGCGAGCGAGCCAUCGGGAAAUGUUCCUACAAGCGGUCUUCAGCAGAUCUCGACGAGGAGGAGGCGGAGUUGAAACCGCUCGAGCAGGCGUUCCACGAUUCUGUCAGAGGAAUGGGUCAUCUCAAGAUGUCCCUGGCGCAUACGUCCAACUUAAUAACCCCGGUCGCCGCGAAAGAACAAAAACGGGCUUUACGGGUCCAGCAGCAGCAGGGCCAGCACUCCGCCGAUUUAGCGUGGUCUCAUGCGGCUGCCCAGAGGCAGGCCCAUCAAACGUACGUCAACUCCAUGCGGGGCCAGCCGCCCUCCAAUUACUUCGCGGGCAUGUCUACUACUUCCGCGCAAGCCAUGUACGCGCAGUAUUAUCAGCAGUACCCCGCGCAUUAUUAUCAAGCGGGAGGCGAGGCUUAUGCGGCCGCGGCCGCUCAGGCUGCGGCGGGGGAGGACGGCGCGGCGGCUCCUGCGGCAGCUCCUGCGGCGACUGAGGGCGCCGAGGCGACGGCGGAGGAGCAGGCCGCGGCGGCGCAGGCGCUCCUGCACCCGUACAUGAUGCUCUCGCCCGAGCAGCAGCAGGUCAUGCAGGCCCAGUACCUCGCGGCCUACGGGUAUACGGCCCAGGCGCCGGCCGAGGCCGAGGCACCAACGGCCGAGGGCGCCGCGCCCGCGGCGGCGGAACCCGCGGAGCCCGCGGAGGCGCCGCCCGAGAGCCUGGAGCCCCUCGCCGCGUAGCUGUCUUUCUUAAAUCGUUCUUUUU